AUGUCACAUCACAAGGGGAAGAGGCAUGCCAGAAAAACUGAGAAAUUAAGCUUCUUUGGCACAAAAACUAGUGUGAACAAACACUUGUUGCUCACUGAAGAUAGCCAAAAUGGCAGCGACACAGACCUUUCUUACCCGAUACACGCUCAUUCAGGGUUUGAUACAGGCAAUUUUGGACGGCAUGACAGCCAAAUUGGAGGCAUCAAUGCAGAGAUCCAUCAACACCCUCAUAGCGGAUCUUCAGGAAUUGGUGACCCGCACCAACACACUCAAAACCAAGAUGUCCGAGCAUGCAGAGGCCCACAAUGA